GAAAAAACAUGGCGGCGCCGGCGGCGCUCGCCCUCAUCCCGUAACCAAUGGAUCCCCGACUCUUGGCCUACUCACGCUGAUGACCUCGGCGCUAGAGUAUAUGAUGCAACGCCUGAGUCGAGGAAGCUACUGGUGCACGUUGGGGUGGCAAGGCGGUGGUGGUGUUGCAGUUUAUGUCCUUGGAAGUGGUCAGGGCGACCGUAGGAAUGGUUCUGGCAGAGCUGUAUGUGUCGGAUCGAGAGGGAAAUGAUGCUACAGGAGAUGGAACCAAGGAGAAACCAUUUAAAACAGGUCUAAAGGCUUUGAUGGCAGUAGGAAAAGAACCAUUUCCCACCAUUUAUGUAGAUUCGCAAAAAGAAAAUGAGAGAUGGGAUGUUAUUUCUAAAUCACAGAUGAAGAACAUUAAAAAAUUGUGGCAUAGGGAACAAAUGAAGAAUGAAUCCCGGGAGAAGAAAGAGGCAGAAGAUAAUUUGCGAAGAGAAAAGAACCUGGAAGAAGCCAAGAAGAUUACCAUUAAAAAAGAUCCAAGUCUGCCAGAGCCAGAGUGUGUGAAGAUUUGUGAAUUAGAGGGAUAUAGAGGCCAGAGAGUAAAGGUGUUUGGCUGGGUGCAUAGGCUGCGUAGACAAGGAAAGAAUUUGAUGUUCCUGGUGUUGCGGGAUGGUACAGGUUAUCUUCAGUGUGUCUUGUCAGAUGAUUUGUGUCAAUGUUACAAUGGGGUAGUCUUGUCCACUGAGAGUAGUGUUACAGUAUAUGGGAUACUGAAUCUUACUCCAAAGGGCAAGCAGGCUCCAGGGGGCCAUGAGCUGAACUGUGACUUCUGGGAACUCAUAGGGUUGGCCCCUGCUGGAGGAGCUGAUAACCUGAUCAACGAGGAGUCUGACGUCGACGUCCAGCUCAACAACAGGCAUAUGAUGAUCCGAGGAGAAAACAUGUCCAAAAUCCUAAAAGCACGUUCUUUGGUCACCAGGUGCUUCAGAGACCACUUCUUUGAUAGGGGUUACUACGAAGUUACUCCUCCAACAUUAGUGCAAACUCAGGUUGAAGGUGGCUCCACACUCUUCAAGCUCGACUAUUUUGGAGAAGAGGCAUUUUUGACCCAGUCCUCUCAGUUGUACCUGGAGACCUGCCUUCCAGCCCUGGGAGAUGUGUUUUGUAUUGCACAGUCAUACAGGGCAGAACAGUCCAGAACACGAAGGCACCUGGCUGAAUAUACUCAUGUGGAAGCAGAGUGCCCUUUCCUAACCUUUGAGGACCUCCUGAACCGGUUGGAGGACUUGGUUUGUGACGUCGUAGAUAGAGUCUUAAAGUCACCUGCAGGAAGCAUAGUAUCUGACCUCAACCCGAACUUUAAGCCCCCCAAACGGCCUUUCAAAAGGAUGAACUACUCAGAUGCUAUUGUAUGGCUAAAAGAACACAAUGUAAAGAAAGAAGAUGGGACUUUCUAUGAAUUUGGAGAAGAUAUCCCAGAAGCUCCUGAGAGACUGAUGACAGACACCAUUAAUGAACCAAUCUUGCUGUGUCGAUUUCCUGUGGAGAUCAAGUCCUUUUAUAUGCAGCGAUGUCCUGAGGAUCCUCGUCUUACUGAAUCAGUCGAUGUAUUGAUGCCCAAUGUUGGUGAGAUUGUGGGAGGCUCCAUGCGUACCUGGGAUAGUGAAGAACUCCUGGCAGGUUAUAAAAGGGAAGGUAUUGAUCCUACUCCCUACUACUGGUAUACAGAUCAGAGAAAAUAUGGUACAUGUCCUCAUGGAGGCUAUGGCUUGGGCUUGGAACGAUUCCUGACUUGGAUUCUGAAUAGAUACCACAUCCGAGAUGUGUGCUUGUACCCUCGAUUUGUCCAGCGCUGCAAGCCAUAGUUGGUUCCGCUGAAGUGUGAAGGGAAGAAUACAAUUCAUGAAAGGAGCAGACUGCCUCUUAAAAAAAAAAAA